UAGCAUCAUACAAUCUAAUCUCCCUAUGAAAUCCAACCACGCUUUAUCUCAACUUCACCCUUAUUCACUCUUUUUCCUUGUUUUCUUCUUUUUCUUCUUCCCUAUCCAUCCCAGGAUUUCCUCCCACAGUCACCAAUGGAUCUGAUAACCGACAACUCUUAAUCGCAUCCAAAAGCCUAAGGCUGAUUGAUAUCAUCAUGAAUCCCCGUCUGUUAAUAUGAAAUUCGAUUACACUCCUUCAACUUGGUCGCCCGUCGCAUAAUAGCCGGAGCCUCACCCGUCCCUGCGCCGCGCGACACAAGAAUGUUAUCUUACUCGAUCCUAAUACCUGGCGCGUCAUAAUGAAGAGCGCCACUAACCUUGUCUCUCGCAUAGUCUACACUUCCAUCUAUAUUCUAUUAUGCCUUCUUCUCUCCGCUUUACUUCUUGUCGUUCCUGGCGAUUUUAUCCGCCAGGAUUUAUUUUCCACCGGUCAAUACAUUAACCUAAUCGUCCUUGCCAUAGUCUUCGUCCUCACUGUACUUAUUGUUCUAUUCGUUUAUAUCCUGAGGCUUUAUGUUACCCGGACCGUACUAGCUUCGAUACCCAAGCCCUGGAUACCCGUUGAGAAGGGAGACGUCCCUAAAGAUGUCCGCAAAGUCAUCGCUGCCGAUCUUCGUCGCAGUGCUGCCAUCGCGUUGGGCGCGCACCCAAAGGUCGUGGCGCCGGCGACCCGAACAACGUUUUUAGAAGAUGUAGCAGAGGAAGGGGUCGUGGCGGAUGGGAAUGCGAAAAAACCGAGAGGGUGUCUUCAGCUAUUCAAGUCGAAAUCGCCCGCAACAGUAGAAGAAAAACUGGGUAUCUCUUUGCCUCCCCUGCACCCCGUCUGGGGUGAGAUCGAACACGACGGCUGGAGUUCACCAAGCUCGCCCGAUUUGCCUAACCUUCAAUAUAGCACAGUCCUCUCCGAGUUACCAAACCUGAUUGAAGCUAAAGCAGUCUCUCAGGCGGUCUCCCAGGCGCCAAUGGAUUCGACAUCUGCAACAAAUCACCCAAUGUUUGAUGCAGACGCUGUUGGUCUUCUUCAGCGUCGUUCUAACAUGACGAUGAGGGACUACGUCAUGCAUCUCAUUAGCAUCGGUGUGCUGUUGAGCUCUCAAGAGACGUUUGAGUUCCUCGAUAGCUACGAGCGUGCCCGCUUCUCCACUCGUCCCAUGUGCAAUGCGCACUUCCGACAGCUGAUGCAUCUCUUUGCCGAGGUUCUUCGUGCAAUGCAACCUCUGGAUACUGCUUCUUUAUACGAACCCAAUAGUCCUAACGGCACUUAUUCUGAAAGCGAUGGACACAUCGAUGACGAUGCCCCUCGGGACACUAAUCCCACCACACCCGCGCGGAGCGGGUCGAGUUCCCUUAGCCUCAGCGGAAGCAGCAUACGCUCGCGUACGCGCAGGCCGACAUUACCGGACCGCAAUUCUUCAGCCAAUACUUGGAACCAGUACCGUACUGCGCCGACGACACCGAGAAGCAGGUUUGGCAGGAGAGCCUCGCAGUCUACCACCUCAAGUAGUAUGAGAAGUUUUGCGCAAACGAGGAAACCGUACGCCGCUAGCCAAGCCUCGAGCGCAAGUUUUAGGUCCGCCUCCCAAUCUUCCGUCAUCCGACUUGCGACAAGAGAGGAUCGCGGCGACCUGCCAUAUGUAUUAAGAAUCGGGGAAUCGUUCUGAAGGCUCGCGUCUUUACUUUUAUCUGGGAAACGGCAUAGAGGGAGAAAAAAAUGGAUUGUUGCAUAGGACCGGCGUUGCACUGCGAUCACGGUUUGUAUAUGAACUUUUUGAUAUUUAAUUUAAUGUUUUCAUUUCCAGGUCACGUCAUACCAAGCGCAUCAA